AUGACGCUAGCUAAAUCGGUUCUUGGUAGCUUGCCGUCCUAUUUCCUAUCGCUAUUUUCCGCGCCUAAAUGUGUUGUCAAAAAGCUUGAGAAAAUUAGAAGGGAAUUCAUAUGGGGAAAAUCAAAUAAUAGAUAUAAACUUGGAUGGAUAAGAUGGGAGCUUCUGUUGAAAGUGAAAAAAGCGGGCGGAAUGGGGAUGGGAAGCAUUCAAAGUUUUAAUCUUGCGCUUACGAAGUGGUGGUGGAGAUUAAAAGGCAACCCCAACCACCUUUGGGCCGAGGUGAUUGCGGCUAUCCACGGAGGUAAUUCGAUCUCGUCUUCUAAUUUGUUAAUCCUUUUGAAGAAAACAAUCCCGGGGAUUUGGAAAGAUAUUGGGUCAGUGCAGGCGGCGCUUGGCAAACUCGGUAUAGAUCUCAAAGACAACCUCGUGUUGGACGGAAGGGUAUGGAAAUGGAGAAGUGAACCGAAUGGUUCUUUUUCGGUUCGGCAGGUCCGUAUGGGGAUCGAGUCGCGUUCUUUGGAGGAAAAUAGGGAUAAUGUCGCCUUUGAUUGGAAUAAUUGGGCUCCGCCGAAAGCUAUCUAUUUAUUAUCGAGAGCUCAAAUGGGAAAAAUAGCUUCAAAAGUGGGUUUGUUGCAGAGGGGUGUUCCCAUUGGUGACAGCUUAUGUUCUCGUUGCGGGAUCCAUGAUGAAGACCCAGUCCAUAUUUUCAUGAGUUGUCUAUGGGCUCAAUGCAUUUGGUGGAGCAUUUUAACUUGGCUGCGGAUUAGAUUUAUUACUAGCAACAACCUGAAUGACUUCGUUUUGCAAGUGAAACUGAACCCGGGGGAUAAAGUUUGGAAGAAAGUGGUGUAUACGAUCAUCAUGGCGACUGUUUGGAACUUGUGGAAAGUUAGAAAUGAAAAGGUCUUUGAAGAUUCCUUCAUUCCCUUCAGGAUGACGGUGGAGCAAAUAAAAGAAGACGCGUUCCUAUGGAUAAGCAACAGGUCAAGGCUCAAGAAGCCUUCAUGGGAGAAUUGGAAGGACUUUAAUAUUAUUGAUCAAAUGUAA